ACGGUUCGCUCACCUUCCCCUCCAAACGGCCAGCCUCCUCCCGCCCGGCUCUUAUCCUCCCCAAUCCCGCGCCGCCCUCGUAUAAGUAGCGCGCUAAUCAUUCGAAUCCCCACAACGCCCCAGCACGACACGAGCGCUUAAACAUUUAUGUCAUCAAGAGCUUCGGGGCACGGACGCCGAGGAGCCCGCGGCUAGCUGCAGCACCAGGGAGGGAAAGGGGGGCGGGUACACCGGCAGCAGAGGAUCCUGCUCGCGUAAGGGAGGAGCAUAAUUGAGGUUCUUUGAAGCCAAGGCAGAGGGAGAGGGAGCGCAGGGCGGCGCGUGUGGUUGAUCGAUCGAUCGGUCGUCGAUGGCGGUGACGGCCACGACGGUCGUGGCGGCGACCCCGAUGCUGGCGGCCGUGGCGGCGGUCUUCCUCACCUUCGUGCUCUGCUUCUACAUCUUCCUCUGCACCAAGCGCUACGGCGGCGGCAGGGCGCCGCCCCUGCCCGCGGGGCGCGGCGUCGCGGCGUGGUUGCGCUUCAUGCUCUGCGGCGGGGGAGGAGGAGGGAGGGGAGUCGCGGACGGCGGCGCCGAGGCGUGGUGCUACGAGGGCGGGCUCGACGACAAGUCCAUGGCGAAGCUACCGCGCCGGGAGGUGGGCAAGGGCGAGGUGCUCGACGACUGCGCCGUCUGCAUCACGGAGCUCAAGGCCGGGGACACGGCGCGCGUGCUGCCGCGGUGCGGCCACGGCUUCCACGUCGACUGCGUCGACAUGUGGCUCCGCUCCCACUCCACCUGCCCGCUCUGCCGCUGCCCCGCCGUCGACGAGCCGCCCGUGCCCCCCGUGCGGCCCGCCGUGCCCACGCCGGAGGCCGACCCGGAGUCCCCCAACUUCCCCACCAACGUGCUCUUCUUCGGCUCGGAGGACGGGGUCAGCAUCGGUCGUUCGCAGCACCAGUCGCCGGCCCGGGCGACGCCUUCCCCACCGCAAGAGCAUGUCGCCGCCGAGGCGGCGCGGCCGUGUGGGCUGCGGAGGCUGAUUGGGUGUGGCGGCGCGACGCCGCCCACGCAGCCGCCGCACCAUUACCACCACCACCAACACGACGACACGGACGGGGACAUCGAGAUGGGCCUCGCCGCCGGCGAGAGCAGCGCGGCGUCGCGGCCGGUGAAGCCGCCGCAGCCCGGUUCCUGAGGCUGCUGGUUUCUUUCGUGCUGUUUGCCCGUUUCCUUGUGUGACAUCGCGAUUUUUUUUUCCUUCCCUUCUUCGCGUGAGUGUUUCCCGUAGGAAGAGAGAACGAUUAAAAAAAUGUACAGACCAUUCUUAUAGCCGUAUGAUGUAAAUUCCUCGUGUUGAUAGAACAUGAACUGGGGAGAGAUAUCGAACCAAAAAAAAAAAGAGAGAUCGAAUCUUGGAACACACUUGUGCAGUGUGCUGUUCUUA